UUUAUUCUGAUUUAUUGAUAAUAUUGGUAAUUUAAGUUUACUAUUUUACGGUUGCUCUUUAUAUAGACAGUUUAAUCCAGAAAUAUGUAAGUCGGUUCGGUAGUCGCAGUCGUUAGGGCAGUUAGUUUAGGCACUAGGUUAGGUCAUGCGUCGGGGUUCGAUCCCCGUAGGGUCCAAAUUUUAAUUUAAUUCCGGGAAUUAGUUUCAAGUUGUUCCGUAUAUGUAAACAAAUUGAUAUUAAUUAAUAAAAUAUAUUUUUUAAAAUUAAUUUGUUGCAACUUUUUGCAUAUUCUUUAAAUAAAUAAAACAGAAGUGGCUUAAAAAUAUGGUCAAAAAUGAGAUACAAAUGGUCUUAAAUAGUCACCAAAUAUGGGCGGGGUCAACAAAGAGGAGGGGAUAGUAGCAAACUUGUGACCACUUUAAACUUCCUUCUGAUCAGUUGUGAUAGAUUUCUGACGAGAUCCAUCCAGGAUCGUAAGAAAACUGGAUUAAAGUGGUCAGGCGGCCUGACCAUUCCUGAUUUUAUUUUUAGUAGGGAAGUUGGGUCUAUGGGUCAGUGCUCAGUGGUCAAGGAGGUGGCGCCAAUUCUGGUGGCCGCGGUGAACUAAUGAAACUCAAAUUACUCCGCUUUAAGGCGGUGUCAAAGUCGAUUGGAUUUUUGCAUUGACCUUCAAUGGGAAAAUCGCAUCGACUUUGACAUCCCCUUAAAACUUUAAUAAAAUAAUUUCCUUGCAAAAUUAUUGUAAUUUUGUUUAAUUUCUUGCUUAAUUUUGUUAAUGAACUUAAAAAAUAUUAAUUUUCGCUGGCAGUUACGACGUAAGUUUUUCCAUUUUGAUGCUCGCACAUCAAAACAGGCUGAUAAUAUAACCUCACUUUUUCUUUAUUGUAGGCUGCUGUAGGCGCCUUAGACGUUGCGCUUGCGCAAUGCACAGAUAUUAGAUUGUCAAGUUCAAUAUCUAAACGUUAUAUUCUACAAUACACUACAUAUUAAAUCUAAACAUCUGAUAUACUAAGCGUUAAAAUCUAGAUAAUAUAUUUAAGUAUCUCAUUUUUAAUAUCUAAUAUAUUAAGAGUUUUAAUAUCCAUUUUUCUCAGUGUACGUAGAAUCGCUUAAAGUCCAUUGAAGAGAAUACACUGAACUCUUGCUGUAAUGGACGUUGCUGUAAUGGACUAGUUUGUUGAUGAAGUGGUGAGCGGGGAAACGGGGUCGCUGAGCUCGGCGACUAGCGCCACCAACAAAGUACUAUUUUUUAAAUUUUGCGGGUGCACAGUCUCCCCACUAAAAUCUUAUUUUCAAUUUUUUAUUAUUUUAUGAGCUGUUCAGUCAUUUAAAAAAAAAUAUUUUCCAAAAUUAUGUUUCCAUUCCUUAAUUACUUGCUUUUAGUUAAAAAUUUGUGCAUUUAAAGAAAAUAAAAAAAAAUUAUUUAGAAUCUAUGUUUUAAAUCUUCAUACGGCCCUGAAUGUUUUGAUGACCUUGCUUCAAGGGUACUCUUGCUGUAAUGGACCACAGCACAUUCGAGUCCAUAACAGCAAGAGUUCAGUGUAGCUAUUUCUUAUUUUUUUCAAUUCGCUUUCACAAAUUUACUCUGUCGAUUUAAAAGAAUAGGAUUCUGUAUUUUUUUAACAUUGAGAAGCAAAAAAAUUUUGCGCAUUCUUACCGGGCAUAAAAGGAUUGGAUUAACAAUAAUAUGGUGUUAUUGAACCAAUAGCGACAACUAAAAAAAUUUUUGUAUCAUAAAAAUGCCCGGGUGUCAUUGAUUUUUUUCUCCGUGUAUUUAUUCGAAUAUUUAAUAAACCGAUCGGUUUAUUAAAUGUGCCCUAGUGGUGGCUUUAUAUUUCUGGUAGGGCCAUCACAGGGAAUCAAGCUAGAGCCCGAUCUUCCAUUCCUCGCUAUCCGCGAGCGUAUGACGAAAAGUGCCGGACCCUAUCAGAACCCAACUCAAAUUUCUACACGGGAAGUUGAAACUCAGUAAUAUUGUAUUAAAUUUAUUUUAACUUUUUUCACAUAUUUAGAUUUAGAGAGUAAAGACAUCUAAUGGCCAAGACAUAGAACAUGUAUAGGACGUCUUUAAGACGUCUUUUUGUACAAGUCUAAAAGACGUCCGCAAAAAGACAUCUUUAGGACGUCUUUUGAACAAGUGUGCCCACUGGGAAGUUGGCAUACUAAUGUAUAUUUUCUAUUUUGCUGCAUCACUGAAAUAAAAAUCUGCAAUAACUAUCAUGGGACAUUUUCACGGAUGUAAUAUAUUAUGUUAUCAAUUGCUGUGAGGGUGUUAUAAGAAUCUGAAGCUAUUUUAUAUAUUUGAGUGCAUUUCCAUGGCUACGAUAUUGAACUUCCACAACAAUAAGUAAAGUUAACGUGGUUUCUAGGAGGGAGGUAACGCAUGGCCAAACAGAAAACGAAGUAGUGAUUAUCGAUCACUUGUCGGGACAUCGUGUACAUUUAAGCAAUUUCUUUUGGACUGGAGUAAACGAUGCUCCUUCUUGGAUAAUGCUAAAACAACUUUUAUUGUUUUUUGAAAACAAAGGAGUCAAUAAUUUUUUACCUACUAAUACUCUAGAUGAAAGUAAAAACGGAUUCAAUGAAAGUUUAUUCAACCCCAAUAUUCCAUUUUGCAAAGCAUGUGUAAACUUUAAUUCAACUAUAUCAGAAGGAGAAGAAAAUAUUGGUGUUCUUAUUGGAGAUGAUCCUGGACCAAGAUACUGGUUAAUCACAAUUCUUAAAAGUGAAAAAGGAGUGCCUCCAAAAAUUGAGCUGCGGCUAGCACGAUUGUAUCAUUUGGCCUUUAGGAGACAACAACAACUCCACCUCGGUCUUUAUGGAAGUGAAAGCCAGCAAAUCUUGUACAAUAAAACCCUUGCUUUUAAUCAAAUACAGGAGGGUAAACCUUCAUCUGAUUAUGUAACAGUUUCAGUAAAUGAAAAUAAGGAAAAUCAUGUUGUAAAUAAAAGAAAAACUGUAAAAAUGAAGCAAAAAUCAUCAUUGAAUUUAAUGAGAACAAUCAGAUUAAGGAGAAAAGAAAUGUAUCCACUAUUUAUACAAAGAGAAACAUCUUCUGAAAAAUCAAUGGCUGAAAAUAUAACAGAGUCUGUCGAAAAUGAAUUUAAUAUUUCACAAAGUAAAAGUGGAUUAUAUAAUUUACUGUCAUCUGUAGGCUUUGACAUUCCUGAUAAUAACAGAGAAGAUAUUACAUCUUUUGAAUUAAGUACUCCUUUCUCAUCAAUUAAUUCUGAAAAUUCACCUCUGGGAAAUUCUAAUAAGUUGAAAGUUGAAGAAUCGCUAUUAAAAGUUACCGCACAUGGUGAUCCAGAAAACGUGAAUUUAGUUCAAGUCAGAAUGCAAGAUGUUGCUGUCAUGGACAACAGUAAUUUAAGACUUAUUUAUUCAGUCCAUUUAGGUGGAAAACCAGUUCCAGCCGAAAUUGCUGCAAAAGAUAUGUCUCUGUUAUCUUCUCAAGAGGUUGCUCUGGAGCUUGGAACACCGGUUUUAGUUCAAAGUACACCUUAUUUAAAUACAACAGCACCCCUAGCACUAUCAAGAAAAAGAGAUGUUUUUAUUUUGACGGGAGCGGCUGGAAUUUCAAUACUUCUUUUUAUAAUAAUAAUUAUAAUUUUAAUUCCGGUAUUAAAGAAGAAGGGUUCAAAACCAGUUGCUUCAUCUGUUAACCAAAAUAAUAUAAAGGAAAAUAGAGAAUAUAUACCAAAAAGACUUGAUCACGAUUAUGUAAUGUGUACUUCUGAAACUGAGAGAGAUACAAUUGCAACCAGCCAAUCUUAUUCACCAAAUAGUCGUUACGUUAAUAUGAUAACACCAAACAAUUCAGACUCAUUAGAAGAUUCAAGCAAUGAUAAUACAACUGAAAAUGUCAUUUGUUCUAAAAACAAUUUACUUUCUAAACAUAAUACUCCUGUCUAUCAAAACAAGAAUACAUCAGUAAUAGAAAAACAUAGAUAUGAAGAUAAAGGAAUGACGACAGAUACGGAUCCUGAUCGUCCCAAAACAUAUGCAAAAUCCAACAUAUCUGUAACUGAUGACGUACAAAAGUCAGUAGAUAAAAAAGAUGCAACUUCACCAUGUUCAUAUUUGUCUAUGAAAUCAUGCAAGAAAUUUCCUACGGUGAAAAGCGUAGAGCCUUUGUCAAAAGUGUUGGAAUCAAUGGCGACGAAGGAGGUAGACAUAGAAUUGGAUUCACUAGAUCAACAGGCAACGAAGGUACCUGGAAGUGAAAUAGUAAGGAAGUUCUGGAGUAAAUUCUACAGUUCAAGAGAUGAUCCUGGCGCAAUAGGUCCAAUUGUUUGGAAUUUGAAAAGCAACAAUUGUAAAGAAAUUGGACAGGCUAGACAAAGACUACAUGAACUUUUAGAAGAUUCUUGGACCAAUGCGGGAAAAGAGACAGAAAUAAAAAACUUUGUAUCUUAUCAACAUCAUCCUGCAUCAGAAGAAGCAGUUACUAACGCCACUCAUUUGUCGCAAUUACCAACAAAUUUUUUAAGAUUAAGGGAUAGUUCAAGUCACAUGGUGUCUACUUCACAACCAAACGCAAAUGUAAAGUCUACAAAAUUAGAUGAAUCAGUUCAAGAUACCAGUAGAGUUGAGCAACAUUGCAGCGGUACAUGGGGAACGCGACCACUAAGUGCUGGCCCAUUUCACAGACCAAAUUUAUCGGACAUAAGUAAAAUGUGUGUGUCAACAAAUUCUAAUUUACCAUCUGAAGAUCCUGCAGUAACAAUAAUUGAUGCUAUUAAACAGGAGUUAACAAAAUUUGCUAGUAAAUAAUAUAUUUCACAGAUUACGAAAGUGUCCAUACCAACAUCAGGGUUCAUAAAAGCAAUUUUUUGUUUUAGAGUAAUCAAUAGAAUUAGGAUGCUAAAUAACUAUGAUCGUUUUAUCUUCUCUAUUUAUUGUUAAAGGAAGAAAUAUAUAAAUAAGCCAAAGAGAUUAAUACCAUUUUAAAAGUAAAUAUAUACUAAACUAUUAAAACUUUACAUAAAUAUUUAUACAUACCAAAUCACUUUUGAUGGAUGCAAAAACAAAAAAUUAUAAAACUUUUCAAUCGUUAUAUGAAUUCCUCCAAUGAAAGACUUAAGAAUAAAAGACUAACUUGUUUAAAUUAAAUUGUAAUGUUUUAUAUAAUAAAGUAUCAACUUGA